AUCCGACCCGCCUGAUAUUAGAAAACGGGGAGCCCGAUUUGCUAACCCCUUAGCCCCUUUCUCUACAGUCUUCUUCCACAUUCUAGUUAGCUCCAAUUUCCCAACAAUCUGCUUUGAUUCCAUCUUUGAAUCCAAAGGUGUUACAAGCGCAUUGGAUGGCGAUCUUACCUUGUGGAAGUAUACGGAUGACCUGGUUGGGAGUUCAGCCUCAAUUCUUACCAAGAUCCUCUAUUACAAAAAGGCUAUCGACAUCUCCGCAUGGUGCAUCGAGCAGGAUCAAGUCACUGGCAUCACAAAGUUCAACAUUUUUCUCUCCAAAAUCCUUGAAUGUGCUUUACAGUUCUGGUUCAUAUAUCAAUUCAUGCCAAAGGAGACGAGCUCGUCUUAUUGUUAGAGCUGAUAAAGAUUACUAUUCUGUGCUGGGUGUGUCUAAAAGUGCAAGCAAGUCAGAGAUCAAAAGCGCAUACCGAAAGCUUGCUAGGAGCUAUCAUCCAGAUGUGAACAAAGAACCUGAAGCAGAACAAAAGUUCAAGGAAAUUAGUAAUGCUUACGAGGUUUUAUCAGAUGAUGAGAAACGUUCCAUAUAUGACAAGUAUGGGGAGGCUGGGCUUAAAGGUGCUGGCAUGGGUAUGGGGGAUUUUAACAACCCAUUCGAUAUAUUUGAGUCACUAUUUGAAGGAAUGGGUGGCAUGGGCAUGGGAGGAAGAGGCUCUCGCAACCGAGCUACAGAAGGUGAAGAUCAAAUCUAUAAUCUGGUUCUGAAUUUCAAAGAAGCUGUAUUUGGCGUUGAGAAGGAGAUCGAAAUAAUUCGCCUUGAAAGCUGCAGCACAUGUGAUGGAUCAGGGGCCAAACCAGGAACAAAGCCAUCUAAAUGCAACACGUGUGGUGGUCAAGGGCAAGUUGUAUCAUCAGCAAGAAGUCCUCUUGGUGUCUUUCAACAAGUCACAACGUGUUCGACUUGUGGUGGAGCUGGAGAAAUAUCUAGUCCUUGCAAUACAUGUGGUGGGGAAGGCCGAGUAAGGAAGUCAAAACGUAUUACCUUGAAAGUUCCAGCUGGGGUAGAUUCUGGAAGCCGAUUGAGGGUCCGUUCAGAAGGAAAUGCUGGCCAGAGAGGGGGCCCUCCUGGAGAUCUUUUCGUCAUCAUAGAAGUUCGUCCUGAUCCUGUUCUGAAACGGGACGACACCAACAUCCUCUACACUUGCAAGGUUUCUUACACAGAUGCCAUUUUAGGAACAACAGUAAAGGUACCAACAGUAGAUGGGAUGGUGGACCUCAAAAUUCCAUCUGGCACCCAACCUGGAACAACCUUAGUUAUGGCGAAAAAAGGCGUUCCUUUUCUGAACAAAAGCAAUAUGAGGGGUGACCAGUUGGUUAAAGUGCAAGUUGAGAUCCCAAAACGAGUAAGCGGCGAGGAGAGGAAGCUCAUUGAAGAACUUGCCAACUUAAACAAGGCCAAGGCUUCUAGUAGUAGGAGAUAGGUGGGAAUGACUGCUUCUCUAGCUUUAUUAUUUGCAUAUUUUCAUGCUUCAGUAGUAGAUGCUGAAUCUGUAAAAUCAUAGGCAUUGCUCUUCACAUUGAUCCAUCGGUCAAUCCAUACAAGGCUAAAAGUAGCCUUCCAAAUUUUGGGAUUAAUAUCAUGUCACAUUAACGAACCAGAAAGAUCCAUACUUUUUCUA